AUGGCUAAUGUCACCUGUUCGAUAGUAUUAUGUAUAGUUAUCAUUCAUUGUUACAUAUUUAUAAUAUCAGGGAUUUCAUUACGUGAAAGGACGGGUGACUAUGCUAUUAUUCGUAUAGAUGAGAAAUACGAUACUGAUGAUAAUAUUGUCCGUAGGAUAUCCUUUACGGCGUUUGGUCGCCAAUAUAUUGCCUACCUGAAUCCUAGCACCAAUAUUUUUGAUCCAUACAGCCAGUUAAAGAUUGGAGAUGACGUCUCAGUGCCUAUAGAUCGAGAUCAUCAUUACCGCGGUUAUUUAAAAGGAAAUCCUCGUUUUGCCGUUGUGCUUUCACGUGUUAAUCCUGGCGUUUAUAUUGGAUCAAUAUUUGCUGGCAAGGAUUCUGUUUAUCUUGAACCAGCCUCACCUCAUUUCAGAACAGCUGGUCAGAGGGAUAUACUUGUUUUCCGCCCCAACUCUAUGAAUAGUUCAUUGUUAUUUCGUAGCCUCAUCCAUACUGGUGUUCCCGUACACUUACAGGCUAUCUCCACCAGUGUUGUUGAUGUUGACGAAUCUGCCACUCGUGCUCGUAGACAGGUUGUACCAAGAGAGAAUGAAGUUCGAAAUCGAUGUCCCCUGAAAAUUGUCGCUGACUACAAAUUCUUUUCGAUCGUUGGAAAGAACAAUACAGCUUUAACAACUCGAUAUAUUGUAAAUAUGGUAGCACGUGUGAAUGAAAUUUAUACAGGUGUGAAUUGGGAUGAAGAUCAAGAGGAAACAGAGAUAGAGCGCGGAAGGUUUGUAAAUAUGGGAUUCUCGAUCAAGGAAUUGAAAAUUCUGGACAAACCAUCGAAUCAGCCGGGUCACUAUAAUUCAAGAGAUGCUACAAAUAAUGGCGUAUGGAAUUCUAACCGCCUUUUGGAGGCAUUUACUCGUGAGGAAGGAUCACCAAAGUUUUGUUUGGUUCAUCUUUUAACUGCACAAUCAUUUUCUGAUUCUGCUCAUAUUGGUCUGGCCUAUGUCGCAGAUACCCGUGGAGGUCCAGGAGGGAUUUGCUCCGAUUCUGCCUAUGUAGUUGAUCGUCAGAUCAGUUAUAACACAGUUUUUACGAGUGCUAUGGGCAAUACUGGCUUACAUGACUAUCCCUUAGUAACUAAGGAGGCAGAAAUCGUUGUCGCUCACGAAUACGCGCACAGUUGGGGUGCUCAACACGACGGUCUAGAUCGCGAUGCAGAUGGUCGUGAAGAGUGCUUACCAGACUAUGCUGAAGGCGGCAACUAUAUUAUGCAUAUGUAUGCCCAGAAUGGAUAUGAUCCAAAUAACAUACGAUUUUCUCCAUGCUCUCGAAGAAGCAUUCGACGUAUGCUUGAACGUCGUUGGCAUCGCUGCUUUGAACCAGAAAAAGCAUCAUUUUGCGGAAACGGAGUCGUGGAAGAAGGCGAAGAAUGUGAUGAAGGGAAUUUCUUCAUGAAUAAUGGCACUUGCUGCACGAAUGAAUGUCGUCUUGCUCCGUCAGCUCAGUGUUCUCCAUUCAAUCAACCAUGUUGUAGUGAUGCAUGCUCCUACCAUCCUGCUAAUCAUGUCUGUCUACCUGGAGAUCCUCUUCAGUGCAAAGCAACGUCCUUCUGCACAGGUCAUUCCGGAGAAUGUCCAUCAGCACCAGCAAUUCCGAAUGGCUCUCCUUGCAUCGAAGACGGUGAAUGUCAAGAUGGAGUGUGUCUUCCUUAUUGCGAACGACAAAGUAUUGCGAAAAAGAGUUGUAUCUGUGAAGAAAUUCAUCUCUCCUGUCGUAGAUGUUGUCGUGAUGUUAAUGGUACAGGACUUUGUGAACCUGAAAUUGGUGCCGCUGAUCUCGUUGAUGGUACAUGGUGUGCUCAGGGUUAUUGUAGGAAGUCCAAGUGCGUAAAUGAGGUGGCCGAUUAUGUGACUAGACAUUUGAACGUUCUAAGUGAUCGAAGCCGUAUAUGGCCGAUUAUCCAAUCAAAUAUCGUGGCAAUAAUCGUGUUCUUAUCAAUUGCUGUCUGGGUCCCAAUUGGUUACUGCAUUAAGAGAGCUGAUGGAAGGGAGAUAUCAUCAACUAGACGAGCAGGACGCGUUCGAACAGUUGACGUAGUACGUCAAAUUCAUUAA